AUGGCGCGAGUCUACGCCGAUGUCAAUGCCAAUAUGCCGCGGUCGUAUUGGGACUAUGACUCGGUGGCUAUCUCGUGGGGAGUCCUAGAGAACUACGAGAUUGUGAAAAAGAUCGGACGAGGGAAAUACUCUGAGGUCUUUGAAGGCAUCAACGUUGCCAACUACCAGAAAUGCGUCAUCAAAGUCCUCAAACCCGUCAAGAAGAAGAAAAUAAAGCGUGAAAUCAAGAUCCUCCAGAACCUUUCGGGUGGCCCAAACAUUAUAGCCUUGCUGGAUGUCGUGCGGGAUAGUCAGAGCAAGACUCCGAGCCUAAUAUUCGAAAACGUCGACAAUACCGAUUUCAGAACCUUGUAUCCGCGGUUUGUCGACUACGAUGUGCGAUACUACAUCUACGAAUUGCUCAAGGCACUCGACUUCUGUCACAGCAAAGGAAUCAUGCAUCGCGAUGUCAAACCUCACAAUGUGAUGAUUGAUCAUGCAAAGAGAAAGCUGCGUCUCAUUGAUUGGGGUCUGGCCGAAUUCUAUCACCAAGGAACCGAGUAUAAUGUUCGAGUGGCAUCACGAUAUUUCAAAGGUCCUGAGUUGCUGGUCGAUUAUCAGGAAUACGACUACUCUCUGGACAUGUGGUCACUGGGUGCCAUGUUCGCUUCUAUGAUCUUCCGCAAGGAGCCUUUUUUCCAUGGAAACAGCAAUUCGGAUCAACUGGUAAAGAUUGCCAAGGUUCUCGGUACGGACGAGCUCUUCGAAUACCUCGAUCGAUACGAUAUCGAACUCGAUGCGCAGUACGACGAUAUUCUCAGCCGAUUCCCCAAGAAGCCGUGGCAAAGCUUUGUCAAUGCUGAAAACCAGCGCUUUGUCAGCCCCGAGGCAAUUGAUUUCCUCGACAAGCUUCUCAGAUAUGAUCACCAGGAACGUCUCACCGCCCAGGAGGCAAUGGCACAUCCCUAUUUUGCACCGGUGAGAACAGCGGCGCAACAGCCAAAUUCACAAAACCAUGUUUCGUGA